CAAAAACAAGUACACCCUCAUUAAUUUAUAUAUACACACGAUUAAAACACGCUCCCAAAUUCAAGAUUAAUAUAUAUAUAUACACAUAAUCCCUCCCAACAUUUUCAACAACUGCACUAGAAAUUCGAGAAAAUACCAAAAAAUGGUCGGAUUUUUGGGUGCAGUUGUGGCUGCUGCUAUUGUGCUCAUCUCCACUAGUAGCAUCGUCUUGGUCGAAUCUUCGAUAACCACAUUCAGCAAAGCGUUCAAGCCCUUAUACGGGGAGUCGAACAUCGUGUCGUACGAGGACGAGGGCUCCGUCGAGAUCGCCAUGGACGAGGCCACGAGCUCCGGCUUCCACUCGAAGGAAAUGUACGUGCAGGGAUACUUCGAGACGUCGCUGAGGCUGCCGGAGAGCUACACCGCCGGCGUGGUGGUGACCUUCUACGCCUCCAACAACCAGAAGUACCCCUACCGGCACGACGAGAUCGACCUCGAGUUCCUCGGCCGGGCCCGCGGGGGCACGUGGUCGCUGCAGACUAACUUCUACGGCGGCGGCCACGUGGAGCGCGGGCGGGAGGAGCGCUACGACCUCUGGUUCGACCCGUCCGAGGAUUCCCACCGCUACGCGAUCCGGUGGGGCCCGGACCGGAUCACCUACUACGUGGACGGCGUCCCGAUCCGCCACGUGGCGAAGGCCCCCGCCAUGCGGGCCGAGUUCCCCAACAAGGAAAUGAGGCUCUACGGCACGAUAUGGAACGGGUCGGACUGGGCCACGGGCGGGGGCCGGUACAAAAUGGAUAUGAGCUACGGCCCGUUCGUGGCGAAGUAUUCGGGCUUCGUCAUGAACGGGUGCCCGUUCAACGGGACGGGGCCCCGGGAUUGCGUUGACCGGGGUUUGACUUUGACGAGGGAGGAGAGGCUGAAGAUGAAUGGCUUCAGGAGGCGUUGGAUGACUUACUCGUAUUGCUAUGACAUAAAGCGUUAUCCGCUUUCUCUGCCGGAAUGCGUUUUUAAUAGCAGAGAAUUGCGACAUCUGCAGAAGCUUCAUCCAAAAACGUUCGGAUAUUCCAAAAACUCAAAUUAAUUUACUAUAUUUACAAAAAAAAAAAAGGAUCUCUUUAAAGAAAGGUGAUGCAUGGCUUUGUAUGUCAUUAUAUUUUACAUAUGAUUCAUUCGUUCAUGAUUAUAAUUAAUAAGAGUGCCAUUUUGGCUGUAUAAAUAUUGUC